AUGGAUUCAACAAGAAGUAAAGUCUGCGGAGAAACAGCUUGUGUGUUUUCAACUUCUAAGACUCCAAGUGAUGCUAAGGAACGUUCUGCUUCGAAGCGAAAUCUCUGUAUCGUUGUCGUGCUAUGUAUUAUGUUCAUGACCAUAGAAGUUGUUGGUGGCAUUAAGGCAAACAGUUUAGCUAUACUAACCGAUGCAGCUCAUUUGCUCACCGAUGUUGCUGCUUUUGCUAUCUCAAUCCUCUCCUUGUGGGCGUCUUCUUGGGAAGCGAAUCCUCGGCAUAGCUAUGGGUUUUCCAGGAUUGAGAUCUUGGGUGCUCUUGUCUCAGUCCAGCUCAUUUGGCUACUCGCUGGAGUCUUGGUCUACGAAGCUAUAACUAGACUCUUUCAACAGACUAAUGAUGAUGUUGAUGGAUUCUUUAUGGUCCUUGUUGCUGCUUUUGGUUUAGUCGUUAACAUCAUAAUGGUUGUUGUGCUUGGACAUGAUCAUGAUAAUGGCCAUUAUCAUAUUCAUGGUCACGGCCAUGUGCAUGAUCAUGAGCAUGGUAAUGCUGAGCAGUUGUUGGAGAAAUCAAAGGAAAGGAGGAACAUUAAUGUGCAAGGAGCUUAUCUUCAUUUUCUUGGAGAUUUAAUUCAAAGCGUUGGAGUAAUGAUUGGAGGAGGACUGAUUUGGUAUAACCCUAAAUGGAAAGUCAUUGACUUCAUAUGCACGUUAGUGUUUUCGGUUAUUGUUUUAGGGACAACCAUUAAGAUGAUACGAAGCAUACUUGAAGUUCUAAUGGAGAGUACACCGAGAGAUAUUGAUGCCAAGCAGCUCGACAAAGGAUUGUUGGAGAUUAAGGAAGUGGUGUCUCUUUAUGAGCUUCACAUUUGGGAAAUAACAGUUGGAAAAGUUCUGUUUUCUUGUCAUGUCAAGAUCAAACAAGAAUCUGAUGAUGCUGUGGUGCUUAACAAAGUGAUUGAUUACAUCCGGAGAGAGUACCGUAUCAGUCACGUUACCAUACAAAUCGAGCGUUAG